AUAAGUAAAUAUUCACGCUUAUUGAUCCACAUUCAUUGUAUAUAUAAUGUCGCAUUUCCAGUCAUUGCAAAUCACAUGCAUAACACACACAAAAUGGAAAAAAGAUGGAGUCUUCAAGGUAUGACUGCUCUAGUAACCGGUGGAGGCAGAGGAAUCGGGUAUGCAAUAGUAGAGGAGUUAGCUGGUUUUGGAGCUAAAAUCCAUGUUUGCGACAUAUCCGAGACUUUGCUCAAUCACAGUUUAAGCGAAUGGGUAAAGAAAGGGUUUCAAGUGAGUGGUUCAGUCUGUGAUGUAACUUCUCGACCCGAGAGAGAAAAUUUGAUGCAAAAGGUCUCCACCCUGUUCAAUGGCAAGCUCAAUAUUUUUGUAAGUAACUGACCUUUGAUAUAGAAACAACUAAGCAUUUACAUUCAAAGAAAACUUUGUUUAUGUUUAUCAUAGAUGAACAAUGUGGGUGGAGUUCGUUCAAAGCCAAUGACAGAAUAUGAUGCAGACGAUUUUGAUUUCCAUAUCGCAACAAACUUGGAACCUGCUUUCCAUUUUUGCCAACUUUCACAUCCCCUCCUAAAGGCUUCAGGUUAUGGAAGUAUUAUCUUCAUUUCCUCUGUAGCCGGGGUUGUAUCAAUUGAAUCUGGAUCUAUUUGUAGUCUAGCAAAAGGAGCUCUGAAUCAGCUAGCAAAAAAUUUGGCAUGUGAAUGGGCAAAAGAUGGCAUAAGAGCCAACGCUGUUGCUCCUAAUGUUAUCAAGACUCCUAUGUCUCAACCUUAUCUAGAUGACGUCAGAUUCAAGAAGGGAUUGUUUGCUAGAACUCCACUUGGUCGCGCUGGUGAGCCAAAUGAAGUUGCAUCACUAGCCGUCUUCUUGUGUCUACCUGCAGCUUCCUACAUUACAGGUCAAACCAUUUGUGUUGAUGGAGUCCUCACGAUUAACGGUUUCUCCGAUCAACCGCAUGCUUAAGAAAUAGCCUUGUUUUGUUUUUCUUUUUUCUUCUGCAACUGUCUUUAAUCUCUUACAGUAUUAUCUAUAAUAAAAAUUCUCACGCUGUGAAUGUAUGCGCAAAAAUAUGAACGACUACACAUUGCCAUUUGUAUGAAUAGAAGAUUCAGUCACACAGGAGAACCUUAGCGAUCACCAACAACUUGAAGCAAAGCAAUAUUUCUCAAGAGAGACUCUCAUGCAUCAUAAAGUUUCUCCUCUAUACUCUGUUUUGUUCUAACAAAGAAAACGCG